AUGGGCACUCUCGCCACCAUUGCCCUCGUCGUCCUGGGCAUUUCGUUCAUGGUGUUCGUGACCUUCUUUGGCCGACUCCCAGCACUCAGACGCACGCCGAUUGCCUGGCUUCACAAGCUGCUCUGGGUCCACCUCCCCAAUGGCAUCCUGAGCCUCGACCAGCGCCUCAGCGGGGGCAGGGUCACCACGUCCUGCGUGCGGUUCGCCAACUUCAUGAUGUACGACCGCCACCCUACCGUGCUGAUCUUCUUUCUCGUCCUCCUCGUCGGCGGCGAGUUCUUGUACCUGCCGGCGGUCUGGCCGCAGCUCAGCCUGCUGACCAAAGCAACCGGCGCGCUGGCCAUCGUGCUGCCCUACGUCUUCCUCUACCUCGCCGCCUUCACCGACCCGGGCUUCAUCACGCCGGCCAACCACAUCCCCGAGAUGGCGCGGUACCCGUACGACUUCACGCUCUUCCACCCGGGCGCGACCUGCGCGACCUGCCGCUUCCUCAAGCCGGCCCGGUCCAAGCACUGCAGCGUGUGCAAGCGCUGCGUCGCCCGCAGCGACCACCACUGCAUCUUCAUCAACAGCUGCGUCGGCGCCCGCAACCACCGCUGGUUCCUCCUGCUGCUGCUCUCCACCGCCGCCCUGACCCUCUACGGCGGCCUGCUGGGCAUGCGCCUCAUGACCGCCCGCAUCCGCGCGCGCUUCCCGGACUGGUCGCUGCUGCCCUGGCGCGCCGGCGGCAUGUCCCUCUCCCGCUGGCUGAUCCUGUGGAGCUGGGGCAUGCAGGAGGCCGGCGGCGUCGCCAUGGGCGCCGUCACCCUGCUCGCGCUCAUGACCUCCCCGCUGGUGUGGGCGCUGCUGGGGUACCACGUGUGGCUGAUCUACUGCGGCACCACGACGAACGAGUCGAUGAAGUGGUCGGACUGGCAGGUCGAGAUGGACCUCGGGUUCGCCUUCAAGCGCCGGCUGGACCCGCGGAGGAUCAAGGACGUGAGCGUCGAGCCGGCCUGGACGAGAUGGCCGGCCGAAGCGGAGCAGGUCUUGGUUCGCACCGAGGACGGGAUGCCGCCGGGCCCGGCUACGCAUGCGUCGGGGGUUGGGGAGUGGCAGGCCGUGUGGCGCCUGCGCGACGUGGAGAACUUGUACGAUCUCGGCUUCUGGGACAACCUGCUGGAUGUGUUGAUCCCGGGGUUCAUGUUUCGGGAACCACACGUGCCGGUGGCGGAGGAGCGGCUGCGGCAGAAGAAGAAGAGGCGGGCGAGGAGGAUCUACUUGGCGUAG